UCCCGUGAGAACGUUCAUUCCACCCGCAGUGUGCGUCUCAUGGCCCUCUCCAUAGACUAGCUAUUUGCCAAAACGCAAAAACCGACCAUUACGCACAGACAAAGUGGAGCGCCAUUCGAUCGGGGAGCCUCUCCGCACACUUUUGGAACUUCUCACUCUCGUCGGGCUUUGGGAAUAGAAUGUAGUUUGAGUCUGAAGUAUCUGAAGGACUUCUAAUGAAGGACCUGCGUCUUCAGGGAAUGGGUUCGGACCAGGCUGCGCUCCGUUUGUUCUCUCUGGAGGGUUACGCGCAGCUACUCGCCAUGCACUAGUAAAUCAGCAGAACGCGCCCUGCAGAAACUGUUUCUGAAAAGAAAAAUACGGGGUGCAAAAUACCCAAAAAAUGAUGCCAACGGACUGUACGCAGCAAGAAUGGAUUUAAGCCAUUUUAAUCUGCUGGUGGAAAACGUCUCCAGUGAUGAAAACGCCACCGACGCGCCGUUUAUUCUGCCGCAUACAGAGGUAGCGACUGCGCUCAUCAUCCUUGUGGUUACUGUGAUCAUUUUGGUCACUAUUGUCGGUAAUGUGCUGGUGAUUGUGGCGGUGCUGACGAGCCGGGCUCUCCGUGCGCCCCAGAACCUUUUCCUAGUCUCUUUGGCAUCUGCGGACAUCCUGGUGGCCACGCUGGUCAUCCCCUUUUCUCUAGUAAACGAGGUCAUGGGUUACUGGUACUUUGGAAGUACUUGGUGCGCCUUCUACCUGGCUCUGGAUGUCUUGUUCUGCACCUCAUCCAUAGUGCACCUAUGCGCCAUCAGCCUGGACCGCUACUGGUCAGUCACCAAAGCGGUGAGCUACAACCUGAAGCGCACGCCGAAGCGCAUCAAGUCGAUGAUUGCCAUCGUGUGGGUCAUUUCUGCUGUCAUCUCCUUCCCUCCCCUCCUCAUGACCAAGCAUGACGAGAGGGAGUGUCUGCUGAACGAUGAGACUUGGUACAUCAUCUCCUCCUGCAUGGUCUCGUUCUUCGCUCCGGGUCUCAUCAUGAUCCUUGUUUACUGUAAGAUUUAUAAAGUGGCGAAGCAGCGCUCCUCCACUGUGUUCGUGGCUAAGAACGGCCUGGAGAGGCAGCCGUCUCAGUCAGAGACUUGUUUUGUCCGGAAGGACCGGUUUGAGGCUGAGAGCCCGAGCAGCCAGAGCUCCGGCAGCCAGCAGCAGCGGCAGGGCGAGCUGGAUGACAUUGACCUGGAGGAGAGCUGCUACUCCUCCUCGGAUACUAAACCGCGCCACAACCGCUUCACCAAGCGCAGGAAGGUGGAGGGAUCGGACUGCUGCCCGCCGCAGAGCUGCCGCCUCUCCUGGGCUUCAGCCCGGGCGUUACAGCCCUACCCGGAGCAGAAACACCCACCCGGGCGACAGCAGCUGGCAAACAAGACUAAAGUGGCCCAGAUGCGCGAGAAGCGCUUCACCUUCGUGCUGGCUGUGGUGAUGGGGGUGUUUGUGCUCUGCUGGUUCCCCUUCUUCUUCACCUACACCCUCCACGCCAUCUGCAGAGACAGCUGCUACAUCCCCGGCGCCCUUUUCAACCUCUUCUUUUGGAUUGGCUACUGCAACAGUUCUGUCAAUCCCAUCAUUUACACGAUUUUUAAUAGAGAUUUCAGAAAAGCCUUUAAGAAAAUCGUAUGCAGAACUUCAAAGCGCACAUAAAAAGGUGUUUACUUUUCAUUUUUUGCCCCCAUUAAAUUGGAUUAGAAAUGUAAUAUUAUUGAUGUAGUGCCCCAUCAUUAUACUGUAACCAUCAUGAGAAAAAAGUCCAGUGUUGUGUAGCAGUAAAGUCUUUAAAUAAAUUGAAUCUGGUGCAGUAAUGCAGAAAUAUUCAUUGCUCAUUUCAGCUGUGAGGCUCAGAUGGAAUCAUUUACCUGAAAUAAGGUUUAAUAAUUUAUAGCUUGGGAAAUUGUAGUUCUUUUUUAACACAAAAGGACUUGCAAACCUUCACAUUACAGAUAAAAAAAAAUCAUCUUUGCAGUUCAAUAGAUCUGUUUCAUUCAAAAAGGUUCUGGAUCUCAAAGGAAAAGCAAGAAGCUGAUGUCCAGAGCUGGCAUCCAUUUCACAGAAAGUGCUUUGUGUUGAGAAAAACAGAGACAUAAUCCCCGUAUGACCAGCGUAGCAGCAAAUGCAUUUAAUCCAAAAAAGAAAAAAAAAUUACUAUCAGACGUGUAGCAACAGGCUGAAACAACACCAGGUACUUCACUGUUAUAGCCUCCUUCUUUGCUGCAAGCCUCUCAACUAUUUUAACUGAGCAGUCAAACUUACAUAAGAGUCUGAUUUCACACUAACUCACACCAGAACAAUGACCAGACCAUGUGGAGAGUUUUGCACAUUCAAAAGACAUUUUUCUCUUGGAAUUUUUCUGUCAACAAUUUACGAGUUGACAUUAAUCAUUAAAGCCUCUGGUACAAAAAAAGUUUUUAUUAUCCAUCAGUCAUCUUGGAAUAAGAGAUUUCUUUCCUAACAUCCCUUGAUUGGUGGUUGUAAUAUCCUCUCCGCUUCCCACCCAAAUUACAUGUCCAUUUAUUGAUGGUAAAGCUGGACUUGCAUUGCUGUAAAAGGAGGGAGCUUAGUAUCCGUCAGCCAAAUCUCCUAAAAUCUCUGCUCCCAAAAGCUGGAAUUUUAGAGGAAAUCCAGAACGCCUUUCAUUAUUAAGAUUAUUUAAACUGUGUCUCAAAAUAAAAGGCAGCAGAAAGAAUUCCUAUCACUGCAAAUCUUGAUCGUAAAACAGAUUUUGAUGUUGAGACAAGCUUUAGGAAAAGGGUGGUAUAAGUGCUAUGAAGGCCAUAUUUAAACGUGACGGCAGUGUGUGGUCUAAUGCAUCACAGUGCUUGCAUGCAAAAGGCACUGCACUUCUCUGGGAAAUAGGUGGAGAGCAAGUGGAGGGCUGGCCACUUCCAGAUUAGCCUAUUGUCUACAUGGGGGUGCUGAGGAAAAAAAAUACACUAUUUAUAUCGCCUUAGGAAUGUCUUCAAAGCACUCCUCCAGCUCAGUGGCGCCUUGCCAGAGAUAAUCACGCCGUCUGAGGGGUGUCAUGCUCACAGAGAAAUAUCUGAGGCAGUUUUUGGUGAAGGAUUCAUGAGGGCAUUGUUUAAAUAUCACCAAGGGAAGCAGGAGGGAAGGUGGUUGCAUGUUUAAUUUCCUCUUGAUCUGCACCGCUGUUUUAUUUAUUAGCAAAGAAAGUUGAAGAGAAUCUGCACUUCUGCAAGGGGAGAAACUCUAUCAAAGGGAUUUGGGAACUUAAGGAUCAAGCGGAAAUCCAGCCGCGCUCACGGAUAAAUUGGGGUCUUCAACUUGGACAUCUCAAGCAGGAAGUGAAAGUUAUUGCGGUCAUGUCUCACAGAUGUUAGACUCUAAUUCCUCCAAGGAGCGGUCCUCGUGUUUCAUUAAUCAAGCUAGAAAUGUUUACAUGAAAGCUCAUUUGGCAUUCUCUUACUGACAGUGCACUGAUUAGUAUCUGGCAGAAAAAAAAACCCCUCCCUCGUUGAAUCCCACUUCCCUGUAAAGUUGUUUUCACAUCGGUUUCCCCCGCUGCAGCAGGAGCGAGGAAACUCCCUUGUCAAAUACACCUCUGUCCAUGUUUGUGCACGAAACAAAGCUCUCAUCUUGUUGCACGUUAUUACUUUGCUUUUGUUUUGUUUCUGCAGCAAAGCAAAGAAAAAUAAUGGGAUGUAGCAUGGAAAUCUUCAUGGAAUACACAAAAAAGUGACUCAAUCGGUAGAAACUUUACUCUCCUCAGUAUAUAUAGAGCGCCAGAUGUCAAUGAACAAGAGUAAGGGUACACACUGUGUUGAUCCACCCCAAAAAUAUAAAUAUAAAUGAAAGUUAGUGAGAUGAUCUCCUGUAUGGAUCUGUGCUGAACCUGGAGGUUGUGCAGUGUUGCUACAUGUAUGUAUUGUGUGUAAUUUUACAACUUCCUUAGAGUUUUACCUUGUAGUCAGAGUUCCAGCAGACAAAUUGUCACGUCGCCUUGAUGUUCAUCAAAUAAACACUCUCAUAUUUA